AUGCUCUCCAAAGUCGCCGCUAUUGCGUUGAUGCUGUCGGCUGCGACCGCAUCUCCUACUUUCCGCGCGCGCCAGGACGACAAAUGCGUAACUGCCUACGACGCGUGCGUCGCUGCGGGCACUGCUGAAGUCAUAUGCUCAUGCGAUCGGACCGCUUGUUACGGUGAAGACGCUGCUCGCAUCCGCGAAUGGUGCUCCUCCCAGAUUGCUGCUCUGCCCAAGUCGACUUCAGCUGCUACUCCAGUCGCUUCAAGCAUUCCUGGUGGCUGCAACCCGGCUCAUCCAGGUUCAUGCCCGUCUUCGUACUUCGAUACCACUACUGCGGCUCCUGCCGCUACCUUUACGUCCAUCUCUGGUAUCCCUGGUGGCUGCAACCCCGCUCAUCCCGGCUCGUGCCCUUCUUCUUACUUUGACACAACCACCAAGUCCCCCGCCGCGACCUUCACAUCCAUCCCUGGCAUUCCAGGAGGUUGCAACCCUGCCCACCCUGGAUCGUGCCCUACACCAUCCGCCGUCGCAUCCCCUGUUGCAACAGCAGCACCGGGCUCCAACCCCAAGCUUGUGGAGGGCAAGACCUGGACCAUUUCGGACCUAACUCGUUACUGUAUUGAGGGCAACUCCGGCUGCGACUACAACUUCGCUAUUACCGCAGACGGCAAGACCGAGCGCUGCACUGUUAUCCGCAUGCCUGGCUCCAACGCUGCUAGUGAGAGCUGGUCCAACCAGCCAUGCACCACUGGAUCUGACUUGACCAUCUCUUGGGGAUACGUUGCGCAGCCCGCUCCUGCUUUCGCUGUCAUCACAGUCAACAAGGGUGCUGAGCUUGCUUGGUUCGGUGUGUCAGAUAUCAAUGGCGGAAAGGUUUCUCCUAGCAGCCCCUUCGGCUCUGGUGACUUCGGCACUCUUCCCGCCUCGCCUGUCUACACCUACAACUAG